AUGCAUAUAAUCCCUCUUAAGGAACGAAAAUUACCUUAAAUUUAGACUCUCUUAACACAACUUUUCCUUUUCUCUUCUGAAAUUAAAACUAUCUAGAUUAUUUCAGUAUCUUUCACUAAUUUAUAAGAGCAAAAAAAAGAUCCUUACACAAGGUACAUUUAAGAUUAGUUUUCUAUUUAAUAUAAAAAAGACCCCAUGAAAACGUCAAUGUGUUUUUGUUCUGGAGUAGUAACUGGAAGAAUAAUAGUAUCAUUUUUAUCAUGAUAUAUUAGCUGUUAAAGGUAAUUAAUUACAGUCAUCAUCAGAACUCCUCCCAUUAUCUAGAACACCCAACAGUAUUAAAAAGUUCAUUUGUAUCUUUCUAUAAGAAUUUAAGUUAAUUUAUUUACUUCAUUAUCUUUAGAAGAAAAGAAUAUUCAGUCAUAGAAGAAAUAUUCAUCUAAAUUAAGAUUAUAAUAUAAAGAGGAUUAGGUGUAUAUGGCAGUAGAACUACUCCACAAUUAAGAAACAUUGUAUAACCUAAUUCCUAAUUAUACAUUCUAAGAAUGAAAGUUUUGAGAUGA